GGCGCCCUCUACACAGACGCCAGCCAAACAACCGGUUCGCUACUCUCCCGGCCCGCCAUAACAUUCUUUUUGACCACUGCGAUAACGUUCGCUGUAAACAAUUCUGUUUACUUGUGUAGCUGUACAGAUUUAAUUUGAGAGAAAUGUCUGAUGAUGGUUCAACAGUGGUUGAGAAGAAGGGACGCGGUAGACCAAAAUCCAAUGGAACACAAUCUGAACCCAAAGGAGAUUCCAAGAAAAGGGGUCGACCACCAGCAGCUACCAAGGCUAAGGAAUCUGCAAAGUCCUCUGAUGACGAACAGGCGCCGAUAGCGAAAAGGGGAAGAGGCAGACCCAAAGGCUCCAAGAAAAGGGCUGCACCUAAAACCAAGGGUGGAUCUGGUGAAGGGCGCGGCCGUGGGCGACCGCGUAAGGAAGCUGCCCCCCCGAAAAAGGAUGCUGCUUCCACUGAGGAGGAGCAGGACGAGGAUGAGGAGGAGGAAGGCUCUGACCAGUAAAAUGUCUUUAUUUGUUGACAUGCAACACUCUCACUUUAGUGUAAUUUGAUUGUCACGAUAACUCUUGUACGUUUGUCUUCAUACAUUAUAGUUUUUUGUACAUGUUUACAUUAGACUUUUACGAAUAAGAAACGCUUCUGAUAAUUAAUUACAUAUGGGGUUAUCUUGACAGUACAAAGAAAAAUAUUCUCAACUGAGACCAUGGGUCCACCCAAAUUUUAAUCAUGUGAGGAAAAACUUAUAAUGUAUCACAUUAUUAUCUCCUGAUAAUGAACAAUCCGCCUUAUGUUCAAAAUUUAUGAACUUUGCAUUUUAUUAAUGAAUAGACAUGAAUAAACAUUGGGUAGACUAAGUUCUCCCUAGAAUCGUACAACUUUUAAGAUUAUAAUUUG